AUGUUAGCAGCAUGGCUUCGUCCUCGACGGCCGUGCCUAAGGCAAUUACAUCUCAGUAUACCCAGGACACCGCGAAUAUCGCGUCUAUUUUCUACUCUCGAGGCAGUGGAUAAAGACAAUGCACGAUUACUAGCUAUCGUCGAAAAACGCAUUACUGAACGGAAUUCGCUUGCAGCGAAGAUAAAUACCCUGGACCCAGCCUCUCUAGACAUUGAGCAAAAUAGACGUCUGAAAAGCUUGGAUGGAUUCUACGAGACGUGGUCCAAAUGGCAGGAAACCAGGAAUUCCUUAGUCGAAACCGCGACCCUCCUCCGAGACGACGACCCAACCAUUCGUGAACUCGCCGAAGAAGAAUACGAAGCCCUCCUGAAAAAAUACAACGACUUUCUUCACGACAAAUUCCCUGCACUUCUCAUACCCCACUCACAAACAUCGGACAUGUCAGCACUACUAGAAAUAAAACCAGGUGUAGGCGGUUCAGAGUCGUCACUCUUCCUGGCAGACCUUUUGAGAAUGUAUUCGCGUUUUGCUAAUUUACGUGGAUGGUCGUCUAAAAUUGUUGCACAAGAGGAUAGGGAGGGAGGUGGGAUGAAGAAUGCGAUUUUGGAAGUUGAUGGAGAAGGGGCGUAUGAUUGUUUGCGCUGGGAAAGCGGUGUACAUAGAGUGCAGCGGGUGCCGAAGACUGAGGCUGCUGGGAGAGUGCAUACCAGUACUGUGCAGGUUAUCGUUUUACCGACUUCGGAUGAAACGUCGGACUCACAAGUCGCUGGAGACCUCUUUGACCAGAAAGACAUCAAAAUUGAGGUUAUGCGGGCUCGAGGUGCUGGUGGACAGCAUGUCAACAAAACCGAGUCAGCUGUCCGACUCACCCAUAUCCCAACCGGGAUAACAGUGUCUAUGCAGGACGAAAGGAGUCAACAUAUGAACAAAUCCCGUGCUUUCCAAGUACUCCGAGCACGCCUACUAGACCGAAAACUACAGGCGGAAAUUGCCGAGCGAAGGGAUACCAGACGCCAACUCGUACGAAGUGCUGACCGUAGUGAAAAGAUUCGAACAUACAACUUUGCUCAGGACAGAGUGACUGACCAUCGAAUAGGGUUGACACUUAAGAACUUGGUCUCAGUUCUUGACGGUGAAGGGUUGCAAACCAUUCUAGACGCUUUACAGGCCGAUUACUAUCAGAGUCUCGUCGAAGACGUACUUGAGAAUGAGUGA